AUGACGCCCUCCUCUGCAUCAAGUUGGCUCGCCGAGCUGCAGCAACAGAGUGUAGCAGGAGAUUCGGCUCAAGGCCCUUGCUGGGCACCACCUGCCGACAUUGGUGGUUCUGCAUCUCCUUGGUACACGACAGGGAAUAUUGACGACUCCAAUCCUCAAGCAUGGGGAAUGGAUUCUUACCCGCCCGGUGGCUUUCUUAGUCUCUUUCAGAACACAUCAAGCCAAGCACAAGCCGUUAGCAAUGGGACUCCACAGCAGCCAAUCAAUGUUGGCGAUGACAACAAUGGUGGCAAUUGUCCAAGGACUGAGAAACGCUUGUUGUGGACAAAAGAGGAGGAUCGUAGAUUGGUUAGUGCUUGGUUGAAUAAUUCAAAUGAUCCAAUCCAAUCAAAUUACAAGAAGAACGACCAGUAUUGGAAAGAUGUUGCUGCUGUUUACAACAGUACCACCACAAAAAACAGGACAAGGCUAGUCAAGCAAGUGAAGGAUCGCUUUGCGAGAAUUAAGAAAAGGGUUGCAUGGUUUUGUGCGAGCUGGAAGGAGGCUAAUGCUUUGUAUGCCAGUGGUGAAUCUGAUGUGGAUUUAAAGGAGAGGGCAAUGAGAACUUAUGAGGCAGACCAUAAAGAAGAUGGUCCAUUUAUGUUUGAGCAUUGUUGGGAGUUUCUCAAAAAGGAACCAAAAUGGGAUGCCUAUUUGGAACGCCUAGAAGAUCUAGAGCCGGACAAGAGGAAGUUUAGUGUUGAUGAUGAAGUGGGGCAGCAUUUCACUCUAGAUGAUGCUCGUGAUGAACGGCCACCAGGUGGCAAGCAAGCUAAGGAGCAGCGAAAACACAAAAUAAAGGAUCAGAAUUGUAUUGUAGAUCUUGAAGUUGAGCUUACCAAGUUUGUAGAUGCUCAGAAUGCAGCAAAUGAAGGCCGCAAAGAGAUGCUAGAAACACAAAGGCGUGUGUCUAGUGAGAAUCUUGAAGCUCGGAAGCUUGCGUGCCUUGCAGCAAAAGAUCACAAGGAGUCAGUCAUGCUAGAAACGUACCGAUCGUUGAUGAUGCAAGACACAAGUGGGAUGCCCGAAGAUGUGAGAUCCGAGCACGUGUUGGCACUGAAGUGUUUCAGGGAGAAGUUAUUUGGCAAAACUGAUUGA